AUAUGUCAAGUCAGCGGCAAAUCAGCAGCAAGCAAGCAUCAAGGGACAACAAUUUUAUAGUCGGUCAGCGUUAUUCAUUCGGAAAAAAAGUUUAUUAAAUUAAAACUAUUUGUGAAACUCGUGCAAUGUAUUAAAACCGUGUAUUGGUCAUGGCAAGUGUUUCGCUCAAUUCAGCACGACCAGCGUUCAUUUAAAUAUCAUUUUAAUUAAAAAAAGAAAUGGAAAUUGUGGACGUAGAAGAAUGUCGCGCGGAGCCCGCCGUGGUCAGAAAGAAAACACUGUGGUCUAAAAUUAACAAUAGGACGACUUAUGGCUACAUAUUCAACAUAGUUAUUUCUAUUUUAAUGUUGACGUGUUUAGUUAUUUUAAUUUAUUUCUUCAAGGAAUAUCUGAGGAAGAUAUUAACGUGGGUGAACAAUCAGGACCCUUGGGUGGUCUUCCUAUUAUGUAUAGGGUUGUUUUUGAUCGUGAGUUUUCCGAUAGCGAUAGGGUAUUUGGUGUUGAUAAUAACUAGUGGUUAUUUGUUUGGGAUUUUGAAGGGUUUGGGUACAGUGAUAGUGAGUGCAAAUUUCGGUGUUGCUGUGGCGCAUUACACGCUGCGGGCCAUGCGGGGCUACCUGCCACUGGAGCGGUUCCUGGACAACGAGACGGCCCGGGCUCUUCUCAAAGUGAUAUCGGGCCCUCAGGCCUUCAAAAUCGUUUUCUUUGCAAGACUUACUCCAAUCCCUUUUGGGCUGCAGAACACCAUUUUUGCAGUAAGCGACGUCCGCGGGUGCGGAUACCACAUAGCAACGCUCCUGGGUCUCCUACCUGCCCAGGUCAUCAACGUCUACCUGGGUUCUACUCUACGGUCUAUUCACGAGGUGUUAGACAACUCACACGUCACCGGGUAUAUUGUCUUUGCGUUCCAAAUACUAAUCGGUAUAACGCUGAUGGCGUGGGUGGUACAGAAGGCGCGCAAGGAGCUGACGAUAGCCAUCAUGACGGCCGAGCUGGGCCGGGAACCGAUAUCCAGCUCAUCCAGUUCCACCGUUAGCUAGCCCACGCCCAGGGCUUCCACUGACGUGGACAGCGUCUCCGAAGGCAGGUCAAGCUAGGGUCUGGUCCCCGGGUGUCUCACAGACUCCCGCCAAGGUGAAACAUUCGUGUGAUUGCGGGAGCGACCCUGUGAUAUUAAUAUAAUCGCCGACUCAAUAGUCAAUAAGGAAAGUCGACUUCUUCCUUAAAGAUGUAAACAUGGUGGAUGUGAAUCAAAGACAGAUAUUUUUAUAAAACGUGAUUUUUUUACAUCAAUUCCAAGAAAUUACGCCGAGAAGGAAAAAACCAAACGAAAGCGCAUCGACGAGUAAAAUACCUACCUAAUUGUAUGCAAUUUUAUGCUUCCAAAUCUAAAUUUGAAUGCUCAUCGUGUACCCUUGGCUUUCGCCUUGAGAUAUCUUCCUUGAAUGCCGAAAAACGUUCGGGUUAAUAUGUUGGAGCUAUUCCAAUAUGUAUUUCUGUUUGUGCAUACACACGAACAGUACAUUCCGUAGGACUUUUUUAUUGAUCGCCAUGAGUCGAUGCCAUUCGAUCCGGAUAAAUACGUUUUCUCGAUGGAAACGACAGACGUUAGAAUUUCGAUAAGAUUUUGGCAAGGGGCCGCCUUCCCACGCGCGGCCCCUAUCCGUUGCAUCGGUGGUAAACAUUUCUCAGAAAAAUAACUGACAAUACAAUUUCUAGCUAAACAAUACCUGUUGACAACAUUGAUAGGAUAAUAGUUAUAAAUCAGUAAUUAUUUUUUGCUAAUAUUAAUAUUUAAAAUAAAAGUUUUUUUUUUUUACUUUUAUGUUUUAGUGAAGUUCAAAGCAAAAACUCGCAAAUUUUAUACUUAUCACAUUUUUAUGAAGUUUUCCGUUAUCACGGAAUUCUAAAAAUAAAUUUGCAAUAUAAAGUAUGGCAGUGUUUAAUUUUGCGUUUAGUUGUCAACUACGCAACGGAUCUCCGACGUUUUUCAUCUGUAUAUCAAAUCGUUUUGUUUCCGGUUGAUUUAAAUAUAAAUAAUAUGUAUUUCAUUAUGAAGUAAAAGGUAGUAUUUGGUAAAUUUUUUUUUGAUGUAGUUUGACGACUGAUUUAAUGAACUGCACUGAAAUGAUUCUCGUGAAUCCACUAUUUUUCAGACAUUUUGUAAAUAAGUAGUCAGCUAGCAAGGAUUACUGUAUUUGUACAUAGAACUUUUCAGUAAUAGAGGUGUAUGUAUGUGCAAUUUUAUUAUAACGAUAUAAAGUGACUGGCGCGUUGUGUAAUUAAUAUAGGUAUAACGUUGCCAAAGGUCUUCUUUAUAGAGUUUAUCAUUUUAGGUCACGUGGAUUGGACCCAAUUUACAUACAACUUGUGUAAUAAUGCACUACGACUUUGCUUUUCGAAAAGGUUAUUAAUUUUCCUUUUUUAUGCUUUUUUUGUUUUUAAUUCAACCGAUAACGGAUUUAUUUUUUGUCCCCUAAGUUGAUCUUUAAUAAAUCUUAUUAAAAUCCAGUCCAGAUAAUAGAAAUAUAUCGUCUUGAAGUCGGUUGUGUUUGCACGACGAUAGUUAAUUGCAUUUUCACAUAAUGUAACUGGUUUGUUUUCGCAGUAUGCGAUUUAAGAAGGAGCUAACUGUUUAAAAAUAUAUAUACACAUUUCAAAUGCACAGCAUAUGUACUUUGGGUCUAAAUCAAUCUGUGUGACUUGUUCAUUUGUAUCAUUUAUUUAUUUUUAAUCUAUUUGGCACUGCAAAGAAAAAUAUUUUUGUAUGUGAGAACCGGAUCUCGUCUAUACAACUUCCCGCUCCUUCCUCAACCAUGGAGCCCAGGAUCCGUUAACCUUAAGCGUUAAGCAAUCGUGUUCGCAUUGCUAAAGGAAAACUUGGACAACUUAACAUUUUUGUCAUGUAAAUAUUAAAUUGUGUGGUUCUUCCUUUCCGUGUACAAAAGACUGAAAGUUCAUUUCUUAUUCUAAAAGUAUUUUUGUUUCCCUCAUCUUUUUAUAAUGCAUUUCCUGAGAGUUACUAGUGUUUUUAUACUACGAAGCAGGUGAACAGGCAUGCGCGACCUGCCUGAUGGGAAGUGGUCACUGCAGGAUGCACAUAUGUAUGUUUGAUAUAAUUUGAUCUAUCAAUAUUUUGUUUGACUUCUAAGUCAAUACUACUACUACACUGGAAAAUAUAUGAAAAUAUGAGCAUAGUUUUUAAAAAAAUAUGAAGAGGCCACAUUAUUUAAAAAAAAAGUCACAUUUCUAAUGGUACUAAAUGUUACUUUUAUGUAUUAAAUUAUAUUUAAAUUUAAAUCAAUUAAUACUUCUUUUUGCGUGUCGAUUCGAUGGCAUUUAACAACGAGAUCUAAGAUCUAACUAAUAUUAAAUAAUAGUUAAUACCUUUUAUUAUAAUUUUGUUUUUGUUGUUGUACAUCUCUAUACUUACCAUAACUUUUUUUUACAUAAUAUGUCUGAAAAGAGCACAUUUUCAUGGGAUUAGUUAAAUACAUAUAUUAUUAUGUGUUCUGUUUGAUUUAGAUUAUGUACAAUGAUUCGUGCCAUUUGUAUGCAUAUGGUAUAUUGAUCAGAUUCACGUUUCUCUUUUAAUAACAUUGUAAAAAAUCAUCAAGAAAUUCCUAAGCAUAACAAGCAAAUCACCUUAAAAUUUGUGUGUAAUAAUAAUCUAACUGUAGAUAUUAUUUAGGUAGCUAAUUCUGUACUGUUCUACACCUAAAGUAUUUUUGAUAACACCGUGCCAAAAUUUACUUAUCCUCGUGUUUUUUAAAUGUGUUCCAUUAAAAAAAAAACACUGUUUCUUUUUAUUUUUUAUCUGUUAAAAAAAAAACAACUACCUAAUUAAAUUCUAAAUACAUAAGUGUCUUCGAUAUCGUAUAGUUUUAAGUUUUCUCGGGUGUCGUUUUAGUCACAAAUUUUUCACAAGGGGCUGACCAAAUAAUACGCAUUUACUAAAAUCUGAUCUAAAUUUUAAGUAAAUUAUAGGAUAAUGUCAGUGAGCAGGUUAUUUAUCUAUGUGUAUAUACACAUGUGUAUAUAUAUUUACGUCACUGAUAGUCACAUUUGUACUAUCAGAUUUGUAACCACAAAAUUAGCUUCCAUUAAACUGUGUUUGCUCACUUGCAUUGAAAAUAGAUAUUUUAUAUUCGAGCUAGGGAUGUUACAUCUAUAUUUUGUUGUCGGGAAUGUAUUGGAUUAUACUUUCAAAUAUUUAUUAUACUUAUAUUCCUAGUUAACUCGAUAUAAAUAAUGUUAAGAGUAGAUCAUGUACAGAGCGUCCCCUAAUGUCAUUAAUUAUUUAUUUAAACAAAAUUAAAAACAUUGUUUAACAAUUUUUCAUAGUCCGUUGUGUUGCGAUCAUAAUUUAUUUUAUACAUAUUUUUCUAAGUGUAUUGUUUAAACUUUUUGGGGACGAUCUGUAAUCAGUAUUAAAAGUUUUUUACUCUUUACAAAAAGUUUGAUGAUCAAACGUUUGUGUGGUGAACUUAUGCUCAGAAUCUAUGGAUUAUUUCACUAUAUAUUUUUAUAUUACUUAAUAUUAGCAGGUAAAAUUAAUGCAUUUAUUGUUAACGAAUUUAUUUUGUGUUGAUUUAUAUGUAUAAAAUCUGUUAUUAAUUUAAAUUGUUAAAACUGUAUUAACAAACUGUCUAUAUUGUACAGUAUGAAAUGAAGCAGUGAAAGGAGCCUUCUGAAUAAUAAAUUUCUUCAAAAUGA